UUAACCCUGAGAGUGCCAGAGAAGGCCGUGAAGCGCUGGGCACCCACCUGGCACUGAAAGGGUUAACCCUGGACACCCAGCCUGGCAAUGCAGAGAGCAUGGCAGCCCCGGGGCCCCAUACUGGCACACCGGAGCCCCCCCCAUCCGGGCUCAUGGCAGCCUGUUACUGGAUGCCCACCCUCACUGGCCAUGGAAGGGCCGGGGCCUUGCGGAUACGGAGUGCAGGGCCGGGCAGUCUAUCAGCAUUCAACAAUCAACAUGACAGCCCCCGGGACCGGUGGCUCAAACCCACCCAUCCG